AUGGGAAUCUGCAGGAACAAGGACUUUGUAAUAGUCUCUGAGAAAAACGAAAUUCUAAUGAUGGAUAUUAUGACACUCUCUGUGUUCCACAGAAGAGAAUGUGGAGUUAACUCACCUGUGGCAUGCAGCAACGAGUAUGUAUUUAUUGGAGAUGGAUGUGGGGUUAUGGCACUGGGUCUUCUCGAUCUGAAGGAAAGGGAGGUAUGCAGAAUGAAAACACCUGUAACUGCCAUUUUCCACCUGGAUGGGUUUAUAUAUUGUGGAAGUGAAGAGGGAACUAUCUAUGUUUAUGGAGGAGGGAGAAAAGAAGAUGGAGAUGUGGGUGAGGGAAAGGAUUCCAUGGAUUUUCUAGGGUCUGAGCUUUCAAACGAGAUGUUUUCUAUGGAUGACGGGGGAUUUAAGCUUGUGAAAACCAUGAAACAUCCUGGGCCGGUGACUCAAAUUUGUAGUGAUGGGACAGAAGUGUUUGUGGCGGAUAUGAGGAACAAAGUAACGGUCUAUCCAUCCAAGAAAACCUAUGACAUCAAAAACCCUAAGCUUGCUUACAAGAAUUACAUAUUUGCAAGCGAAAGGAACAUGCUUUAUUGCAAAACGCGAAAUGCAUUUGCAACCUACCUGACAACGGAGAAACCGAUAAGUGGCUACACCUUCAGCAUGAAUGGAGGAGUUUUAUUUGCACAGUGUAGAGAUACCGUGGAUGUUGUUGACUUCAAUACCAAGAAAGUUGUAAAGAAGGUGGAGGUUGCAGGGAAGUUUGUAUAUGAUGAUGUUAGAGACAGGUUGGUGUGGUUUGAUGGAAAAAGACUUGUAGCUGUUGAGAAUGUUCUCGAGAGGGAAUAUAAGGGGAUGGAUGGGAUAAUGUUUAGAGAGGAUGGACUUGUCGAGAAGAAGAUCAAGAUUGAUGAAGAAAUGGAUGAGAAUAUUGUAGAGAAAUACAGAGAAGAUGGAUUGUGGAAGAAGCCUCCGAAAAGGAAGUAUUUUAGAGCAUCGUCGGAGGGAGAGAAUGGAUUAGGAGAAGGAGGGGAAGAGAAAAAAGAAGUGGUUGAUCCUGACGAAUGGGUGGAAGAAGCGAAGACAAAAGGAAAGGAUAGUCUUGGGAGAUCCAAGUUAGAAGCAGAACCUGGGAGUCUUCUAUGCUAUAAUACCGAGGGCUAUAUGACUUGUAUUGGGGAUGAAGAAAGAGGUAGAAUAGAAAUCAACUACCAUGAUGUUUCUCGAAGAAGAAUCGAGGUGGAUGGUAUCCAGGGAUGUACUAUAGGAAGUUUUUGCCAAGAUAACAUUAUAGUAGGAAAUGGGAAGAAGAUCUUUUAUAUCGGGCCAUCCUCUCGAUGGGAGAAAGAAGUUGAGGCAAGUAUUGUUUCCGUGUCUGAGAAGAUGGUGGUUUCCUUCUCUGGAGAGCUUCGGGUCUUUGGCCUUGACGGGUCCGAGAUGCUUAACUGUCUUAUUCCAGAUGUAAGUGCCAUAUGUUGCCGUUCCGAUAUCAUUGUGGUGUUUUCACGAGAGAUAAUUGUGAUUGAUCUGUUUAAAUCAACCGAAAGAUUCUUUCUUCCAUCUCCAGUGGACUUUGCUUGCUUCGAUGAAGGUGAAAAGGUUUUUUACAGAAUCAACGGGAAAAUGUACCAGCUUUAUAAGGGACUUUCUGUUAGGGUGUGUGAAGCCCCGAAACAACCGCUAGCUGUGUUCAAGGGGAAUGUGAUUUCCUUAGGGCCUUCCAGAAGGUUGUUUCCAUCUCCACAUGUUGAAUACACCCAAUUCGAUGUAUUUGAUCCAUGCAGGUCCAAGGAGCCGAUGGGUUCUACUGAAGAUGAAGAAGUCCUCUGCAGUGAAGAUUAUGAGAACAAGAAUGUAGAGGUGAGUAAGAGCAAGAGGUACAACCCCCUUAAGAAAUAA